AAUUUCGAAAUCAAACGUACUGCAACUGAAGUGGUGCGACGUUCGAAUAGUGGUCUGCUGAAUCAGCAGAAUACGGCUUGGGAUAUCGCAUCGACAGCUAACGGCAGCACUCAUUUGCGGUGUUCUUCUGCAGAUUUUUCCGACGACGAAAUGUUCGUUGGCACAGAUCAACCACAGCGCCGAAGAGGUGGUACAGAGGGAGGUGAGCAGCCGGGGGUGAACAAGAGAAUCGGAAUGUCGAAUACGUAUACGUCAAGUAGAUCGAUGUCUAACCUGCGACCACCACCCAAUCUAGGAAUGUCUUCAACUCCACCGACAGCAAUGGACUCGCCACGAAGGCCUCGCAAGAAAUGGGAUAUGUCCGGAGACUCAGCAGUAGGUGGCUAUAUUUCGCCAGCGGCGCACCAGCAGAAUCAGAACAUUGCUGCUCCCUCCUUGCCUCCGCAUUCUCAAAUUCCAAGUGGAUUCAUGACUAUGAACGGCACGCAUAUUUAUACACCAACUCCCUAUGUCAAACCAGGCGCAAACGCAGGAGCAUCGCCUGUGGUAAGCAGCAGUUCAGUGCCAUCGACUACCGCGUUCAGUCAGACGUUACCUCGUCCCCAUGCGUCGUCUCAGUCGCAGCCGUCCCAUCAACAGUAUUCACAAUAUCAAAAUCCGAUGAUGGUAUCGCCUCCACAGCAGAUUUCGUCCGGAUCCAUGAGAGAAGGCAUUCCACUAUCGACAAUUCCUCCACCACCACAAGUGAGUAAUCAUACUAAUGCCGAAAUGAUGGCAAUCUUAAUGAAACAACAACAGCAACAGCAGUCAACGAACAACAAUCAAUCUAGCAAUCUAUUCAAUCGACAAUCAGAUGACAAAGGGGCUGCUACUACAACUGAAUCGUUUACUAGAACAUCUGCGGAACGAAACAGUCUCUCGAAACGUUACAUUUUGAACAGCCCAGUGGCUGCAUCGACACCUGAGCCCCGAACCAUAUGGACCCCUCCAAGCAUAACCGCACGACGUUCAGCGAGUAAUAUGCAAUUCUCGAGUGCACAUUAUGCGGCUGCCAAUUCUAUUCAAAGACGACAGNAGAAAUUGAGCCCUGAGGCAGCAUCUCAGGAUUAUCCGGUGUGUUAA